AUGCCUCCGAUGUCGAUCCUCGCAUUACCAAACGAGUUAAUUCUUCAUAUCGCCACAUUCCUUUCAGAAGAUUUGGACAUCGCCUCCUUUCUCCAAGCAAAUCACCGUCUGAAAAACCUCCUCGGGGACUAUCUCUUUCAGAACAAUUUAUCCAGGUAUGAUGGCUCUGCACUGCCCCUGUGCGUCAAAUAUGGUCUAAAAUCAGGCGUGCAAAAACUUCUGAAAUUGGGAGCAAAAGGAGACGAAAUCGAUUCCGAUUGCCGCACAGCAUGGAGCUACGCAGCCGAGGAUGGGGACUUCGAAAUAUGGCAAAUGAUUUUGGAUCAUCAGGUGUCUAUUGGUCUCCAGCGACAUAUUGAUAAGAAAGACGGCUACAGCUACCGCACCCCCCUCAGCUGGGCAGCGGGAGACGGCCAACAGGAAUUUGCUCAAUAUCUGAUCGAAUCCGGAGCAGAUGCCAACACAAAGUGCUCGAGACAUCGGACACCAUUGAGCUAUGCAGCCCAGUCAGGGCACUUCACAAUGGUUCAGUUGCUGCUAGAUCAAGGGGCCGACCUAGGGGACUCAAUCGGCUUAGAAGACGAAGAUGGCCUGACUCCUUUACACUAUGCUGCUUUUGAAGGGCAAGAAGAGAUUAUGAGACUACUCAUAUCGCUCGGUGCAGAUGUCGACUGUAUGAAGGGCGGUCGUAUGGACAUAAUAGGCCCGACACCGUUGAUGGAAGCGGCUCGAGGCGGACAAUAUGCAGUCGUGAGAAUGCUUCUCGAAAUGGGCGCAGAUGUGAACAAAGGUGAUGGAAGAGGAAUGAGCCCCCUGCAAUAUGCUGCACGGGCAGGUGUUGGCGAGCCCAUUAGGGAAGGCCGAUGGCAUCUCCCUAACACCAUGUCCGACCAGCGAGGUCCUGGGUGUUUUUUUGAUAAGAUGGGUUAUCGAGCUCUCCAUAAAUCAGGCACACCGGGAGACUAUCUCACAAUUGUGAAGUUACUGGUCGCUCAUGGUGCGAAUCCGAAUGGACUGCAUGAUGAUCGUGACGGAUUUUCUCAGGGAGGUCCCCUUUACUGUGCGGCAUGGGUGGGUGCCACCGAGAUCGUUCAAUUUUUGAUUGAUGUGGGAGCAGAUGUGAAUGGAACUUUCGCCAUAUCAAAUCACACUGUGCUCGAUGCCGCGGUAAGAAAUGGCCACCUCGAUGUGGCUGAGAAGUUACUUGCUAAUGGCGCUGUCAAUGCGAGUGAUUUGGCAAAGCAUACGCCAUUGGAUCACGCAAAAUUUGCAGCUAAGAUGGUUGACUAA